CCAAAGUUCAACUCCUUGCGCUCCAAGUUGAAAAACUUAUACCAAGAUGCAUUUCGCAUCCAUCCUCACCCUCCUCCCUCUGAUCGGCGCCUCCCCCAGCCCGAAUCCACCCCGUUCGCACAACCCUAUACUCCCCCGUCAAUCCCCCCUCACCCCCGACUACGAGUAUAUCAUCAUCGGCUCUGGCCCGGGCGGUGGCCCCUUAGCGGCCAACCUCGCCGAAGCCGGGCACAAAGUCCUUUUGAUCGACGCAGGAGGCGACUCAGGCGAUGCGCUCGUCGAACAGAUCCCUGUGCUCUUUCCCUGGGCGACCGAGUUCCCCGACACGGAGUGGGAUUACUUCGUGACGCGGAGCUCGGAUCAGGCGACGCAGGCUCGGGCUGCUAAGACGAGCUACCGGUUGACUAAUGGGAGCGUGUAUACGGGCUUGCACCCGCCGGAAGGGGCGGAGCCGUUGGGGACGCUGUACCCUAGGGCUGGGACGCUCGGGGGGUGUUCGAGGCAUAACGCGUUAGUUACGAUUAGGGCUUUUGACAGUGAUUGGGAUGUAGUUGCUGAGAAGACCGGGGACUCAAGCUGGAACGGCAGCACCUUUCAGAGGCUGUUUGCCGGCAUUGAGAAGUGCGACUACCUGCCUAACAGCAUCAUCGGGCAUGGGUUUACCGGCUGGUUGUAUACAGCUCUCACGUCCCUUGUGACUGCAGUUCAGGAUCUCAAAGUCGUGAGCAUUAUUCUCUCAGCUGCUUCGGCCCUGGGAAUGGGUAUUACGGGAACGCUGGUUGGGACUGUUGCGGGACUGGUCGAAUUGCUAGCCAAGGAUGUCAACGCGCCCGGUCCGACAAUAACCACUGGACCAUAUCAAAUCCCACUGGCUAUGAAGAAUUCAGCUCGAGGUGGAGCGCGGGAUCGCAUCUUGGAAGUGGCGAAUGCGGUCGACGAGAACGGCGAACGACUGUACCAGCUCGACAUAAAACUCGACACGCUUGUCACCAAAGUCCUUUUCGACACUACAAGCGACACCACUCCGAGGGCAACCGGAGUCGAGUUUCUCGAAGGCCGCAGUCUUUAUCGUGCCGACCCUCGCUGGCAAAGCGCUACUAUAUCCGGGGAAGGAACCGUGAACGCAUCCAAGGAAGUUAUCAUCGCAGCCGGCGCCUUCAAUACCCCCCAACUCCUCAAGCUGUCCGGCAUCGGCCCAGCCGACGAAUUAUCUCGGUUUGAUAUUCCCGUCCUUGUCGAUAUGCCCGGAGUCGGCGCCAACCUAAGAGACCACAUCGAAGUCAGCGUCAUCAGCAAAGCCACCUUCGACUUCUCACUCUUAAACGGAUGCACGUUCAUGAAAGGCUACCCCGAGGUCCCUGACCCGUGUUUGGAGCGCUGGCAGAACGGGAUAGACCAGACAACUAAAGGUCCAUACGCGACCAAUGGCCUGGCGGUGGGAGUUGCUCUCAAGUCCUCUGCUGCUGAUGGGCCGGAUCCUGAUCUGUUCGUGUACGGUGGACCCGCCAACUUCCCUGGUUUCUACCCGGGCUGGGCUGAUGUGGCGCUAGCUGAUUUCAAACACUGGGUGUGGGUUAGUCUGAAAGCGAGCACCAAGAACCGAGCUGGCACUGUCAAGUUGGCAUCUGCUGAUCCUAGAGAUGUGCCUGUCAUUGCGUUUAACACAUUCGGGGAUAGCUUAUCUUCGAAGCAGGACUUGCAAGCGUCGUGUGAAGGAAUCAAGUUUGCGAGGGAUGCCAUGGAUAAGCUGAUCCCACUUGAUGGAUCCUUCACAGAGGAGACGCCUGGACGGGACAAUGUGAGUUCUCAAGAGGAGGUCGAGGAUUAUGUCGCCACGCAGAGCUUUGGACACCAUGCUUGUUGCACAGCGCCAAUUGGGGGCGACAACGACGAGGGGGCAGUUUUGGAUGCUGCAUUUAGGGUGAGGGGCACCAGGGGGUUAAGGGUCGUAGAUGCGAGUGCAUUUCCCGUUGUGCCGGGGUUCUUCAUUGCAUUGCCGGUUUAUUUAUUGGCUGAGAAGGCAACUGAGGCAAUUCUGGCUGAUGCCUAGGUGUAAACCGCUCGACUGCUCUAGUAUCACAACAGCAACCUAAUUAAAGUGCGU